ACAGCAGUUGGGAGUUUGGAGCAGUCACUCUGUCCGUGGCUUUUUUUGAGUUGUUUUUAACGUUUAGUUCCUUGUAGGUUUUAAUUCUUGUUAUCUUUUUGUUGAGUAGUAAAUUCAAAGUUACACUUUGAUUUACAUUUUAUUUAAAAGGAUCCAGGGGAUUCUCCAGUUCCAUUUUUUGGAGUAUCUCCCGUCCACUACCUAAGCUUCUACCUGACCCUUGUUUUUUUUCCCCUUCCCUCAAACACACAUCCCGCAAUCAUGUGGGAAUUCCGCUCCUUCUCCUUUUGGAGAGCGGUUUUCGCAGAAUUCUUUGCCACCAUGUUCUAUGUUUUCUUUGGUUUGGGUGCCUCUCUGAAGUGGGCAGCUGGUCCAGCUAACAUCCUGCACAUCGCACUAGCCUUUGGUCUUGCCCUGGCAACUAUGGUCCAAUCUGUUGGCCAUGUCAGUGGUGCCCACAUUAACCCAGCAGUCACCUUUGCUUUCCUCAUCGGCUCGCAGAUGUCGCUGUUCCGUGCCAUUUUUUACAUCGCAGCACAACUGCUGGGAGCAGUAGCUGGAGCUGCAGUACUGUAUGGCGUUACCCCUGCAGCAAUCCGUGGCAACCUGGCUCUUAAUACGCUUCAUCCUGGAGUGAGCCUUGGACAAGCAACCACAGUGGAGAUCUUCCUUACCCUGCAGUUUGUGCUUUGUAUCUUUGCCACUUAUGAUGAAAGGAGGAAUGGUCGUUUGGGUUCUGUAGCUUUGGCUAUUGGAUUCUCCCUCACACUUGGUCAUCUCUUUGGGAUGUAUUAUACUGGAGCCAGCAUGAAUCCAGCUCGAUCUUUUGCCCCAGCAGUACUCACCAGAAAUUUCACCAACCACUGGGUCUAUUGGGUUGGUCCUAUCAUCGGUGGAGCACUUGGGGGUCUGGUGUAUGACUUUAUCCUCUUCCCCAGGAUGAGAGGCCUGUCUGAGAGACUUUCAAUCCUCAAAGGGGCCCGGCCUGCAGAGCCUGAGGGCCAGCAGGAAGCGACGGGCGAACCUAUAGAGCUGAAAACACAAUCUCUAUAAACUAAACCUCUUCACAACAAAGUAGCAGCACACCGACACACACAUUUGGGCCUAGAUAGCAUAAUAUCCGUCGUGAGAGGUGUGUUAAGGGAGGGAUGGUCGGGAUAAUCUUUGAGAAAUGUUUACUUUCUUACCAGGCUGUGGGUAUUUUGUUGAAGUAGAGACAGAAAGAACGGUUAAUGUGCUUGACUUUUUUUCAUCGGAGUGGAAAUGGAGGGGAUGGAUGCGAGAGGGUUUGAUUGGGCCACAAAACUCAGGGGCCAAACAAAUAUCUAUUUCCCAUAAUACUGUCAGUAACAAAAA